CAGCUCAACAUUGACCAUAUUGGUGAAAUCCAAGGGCCCCUUAAGCGCCGAAUUAGCGCCGAUCCGCGCAAGGUCGGAGUAUCGGCGACAUGCAGCCAUCCAAUCAUCCAAGAGCCGCCUCUCGUAAUUUAGUCACAAAUCACAACGUGUUCCCGAGUUGGUCCCGAGUUGGUCUAGAAACAGAGGACAAACCUCCGACAAACGGGACAACGUGACGACAGGAGAACUUGGAGGUUUCAGAUCCUGAAUCACGGUUCCCAGAAAUCCGCCUUGCAAAGAUGAAUGGAUGACGGGGUCGCAUCACAAAGUACAACAUUCCACACCCCUUCCAAUUCCCAGUGGACAAAAACACCCCGAGCGCACAGCCGUCACACCGGACAUCCGUAUCAUGAUAAAUGAUAAUGAAUGGGUUGAGUGUAGACCCGAGAUUAUGGACUAUGGACUAUGGAGCCUGCUCCCGAAACAUCCUCAUUACAUCGAACAUCAAGAUCAAUACUGCGAUUCGGGAUCCCUCGGUCCGUUCGACUCCUUCCGGACCGGCACUGCAUGCGGCCAUGUCCUUUCCUCCACGAUUAUGCCACGGGCUGAGCGGGCGAGACGGAAAAGCCCGUGUUGUACAGAAUAUUACGCCCCCUGCCGACGCCUCCCCGUGUUUCCGUCAAUGCUGAUUUCCUGUGAUGACGCCGUGUUCUUUCAAACCUUCCAAGACACCGAAGAGUCGGAGCGCGAUUCGCGACUCUGGUGGAAUGCAAAAUAAAAUUAAACAAACAAAUGAUAUGCCGAUGCUGCAAGGGUGCCCCCAAAAAGUCGGCCGGUAUAGCCGAUGAGAAUGGAAGAACUGGUACUUCUGCUGGGGAGUGGGACAGGGAGAUGACGCUGUCCCUCGCUCUGUAA